UAGGAACUCUUGUCCACCUUCACAUCCAUUUUAGUUUUUACUGAAAGUGAACUCAGUGACUCUGAUGAAGGAAUUCUGGUUACAACUUCAAACAACUUGUCAGUAGUACAAAACGGGAACCUUUGCCUUAAAAUAUCUUUCAUUUUUCACGUCAAACUUUCUUUUUCUUCUGUAUCAAAUUUCUCAAUGGAUCUCAACAUAUCUACUCACCGUGUUAAUCCUGUCAAUGUAAUUCCCAUUUCUCCUUCUAAUCUAGGGUUUCAAACUAAUCUAUCCAGAAAUCUUAAACUUUUUAAGGUUUCUAAUGAUACGUCCAUCUAUAAAACAUCUAAAUUAUCUCUUCUAAAGUCUGGGUUUCAAUCAAAAUCUCGAAUUUUUGCGGUUGCGGAACCGAUUUCACAGAAUAUUGAUGCAGUGGAAAAUAAGGUUUCUUUGAAUCCUGCUUAUACUAAAACGCCUUCAAAUAGAGAAUUGCGAACUCCUCACAGUGGGUAUCAUUUUGAUGGAACUACAAGGAAAUUUUUCGAGGGUUGGUAUUUUAAGGUGUCAAUUCCAGAAAGAAGGCAAAGUUUCUGUUUUAUGUAUUCAGUGGAGAAUCCUGCAUUUCGUAAGAAAAUGACUACAUUAGAACAGAUUUUCAAUGGACCUAGAUUUACUGGAGUUGGGGCUCAAAUACUUGGACCAGAUGAUAAGUACAUUUGUCAAUUUUCUGAGGAAUCUCAGCACUUUUGGGGAGGUAGGCAUGAAUUAACACUAGGGAACACCUUUACAGCUGGGAAAGCCUCGCCUCCCCCAAAUAGGGAAGUUCCUCCUCAGGAAUUUGAUGAUAAAGUCUCUGAAGGCUUCCAAGUUACCCCACUUUGGAAUCAAGGCUUUAUCUGUGAUGAUGGAAGAUCAAGUUACGUGAACACUGUAAAGACUGCGCGAUGGAAAUAUAGUACGCGUCCUGUUUACGGUUGGGGUGAUGUUGGCUCGAACCAAAAAGCUACAGCAGGCUGGCUUGCAGCUUUUCCUGUAUUUGAGCCUCAUUGGCAAGUUUGCAUGGCAGGUGGACUGUCCACAGGCUGGAUAGAAUGGGACGGCGAACUUUUUGAAUUUGAAAAUGCACCUUCUUACUCAGAGAAGAAUUGGGGUGGAGCGUUCCCAAAGAAAUGGUUCUGGGCUCAAUGCAAUGUUUUUCAAGGCGGAGAAGGAGAAGUUGCUUUGACUGCUGCCGGUGGUUUAAGGGAACUGCCUGGAUUGAACAGCUAUGAAAAUGCUGCACUGAUUGGAGUUCAUUGUGGAGGAAAAUUUUAUGAAUUUGUUCCAUGGAAUGGUGUUGUUAAUUGGGAAAUUGCACCAUGGGGGUAUUGGCACAUGUAUGCAGAAAAUGGAUCAUAUAAGGUGGAAUUAGAAGGAACUACAAAGGAUCCAGGAACUCCGUUGCGAGCUCCUACAUCUGAAGCAGGGCUUGCAGUAGCUUGCAGAGAUACGUGUUUCGGGGAUCUAAGAUUACAAAUGUGGGAAAAGAGAUAUGAUGGUAGUAAGGGCAAGGUUAUUCUAGAUGUUACAAGCAAUAUGGCAGCACUAGAAACUGGUGGAGGGCCUUGGUAUACUACAUGGAAAGCGAAGACCUCUUCACCUGAGAUAAUCAAUCAAGCGCUCAACUUCCCAGUUGACUUCGAAGAGAUUCUUGGAGCUGUUCCCUUUCUUAAACCUCCUGGUCUCUAAUUAUUUGGUCACAUCUCCCACUGCAGUCUCUGGUCGAAAAUGCUUUCUUUUCUUUUCUUUUCUUUUCUUGUUGGUGGAAGGAAGCAGAAUCUCCUUGCUCGUGAUAUGAACUUCAAAGAAAGUGUGUACAGUGCAUUACUCUCUUAAUUUCUGGAAAUUCACUUAUCUGACUGAACCUGCGCUCUCAAAGUCUGUUUUUAAGUAAGCCAGGGAUACAUGUGUAUAUCAACUGAAUAUGAUUAGCUCAGCUUGCUAAGCAGUUUUGGUCCCUGA